AUGGUAAAGAAACGAGGCAUUGUGUGGAACUAUUAUAAUAAAAAGAUGCUAGGAUCUCAAGUGAUUGCAUUUUGUAAAUUUUGUAAUCAGUCAUACAUCCAAAAUGCUACUCGUAUGGAACGACACAUGGAGAGAUGUCCAAAGUGUCCAGAAGAUGUCAGACAACAAUUCAUACAAGUGGCGCAUAAUAAGAAACAUAAAAGUAAUAAUCUUGACAAUAAAGUGAAUGAUGGGUGGCCAAAACAAGAAUCUUCAGUUGAUCAGAAUAUUACAGACACAGAUUUAGAAGAUUUAGAUGAUUGGAAUUAUAAAAAUCAGUCAUACUUAGUUGAAACAUCUAAUGCAAUGCAACAAAAUAUGGAAUUAGUAAUGCAAAAUAACGAGCAGAAUUGGGUAAACCAGGAUAAUGCAGCUGAAAAUAAUAAUACAGAUACAAGCUUAGUCAGUAGAAAUUGGGAAACAAGUCAGAGUGAUACAGGAACUGUUGUACCUGCUGGAUCUCAAGAACGGUCAAGUUCAGUUCAUCAAAGAAAAUCAUAUAAUCCUAGAAGAAUAUCACAAUGGCCAGUUUCUACUGUACAGACAUCUGAUUGUUCACCUUUACAAAGCAAAAUAUAUCAAGAACAAUUAUUAGAAAGACGUGCCUUAAGAAGAGCUGCAGAAUUAGAAGUACAACGUAAAGCUUUGGAAUUGGAAAGGUUUCAAUGGGAGUAUGAAAGAGAUAAACUUCAAACUGAAGUUCGUUGGGCUCAUGAAACACGUAUGAUGCAACUUAAAGAAGACCGAGAAAGACAAUUGACUGAACAAACUAGAAUAAAGACAGUUUCACAUGUAGUUUAA